UCGGGCUAAUCGAAGCCCUAUUGGCCAGUUCCAGUUCUCCCCAUUGGAAUAAAUCAAACAAAUAAGCACAGAGGCUUUCUUUUUGCUUGGAAAUAUAGGUUUCACCAGUCCAUUUUUCGAUUGAUCGUGAGGGAGAUGUACCUAUGGCCAUCCAUCGCGUCUCUCCUUCUUCUCGUUUACUUGCCAUUCGUUGCACUCGGCGAUCAGCUCAGUCCAAAGGAGUGCGAGAAUCUAGGGUUUACCCGCCGCGCCCUCUGCUCCGAUUGCAAUACUUUGGCAGAGUACGUCAAGGACGGAGAAUUAGUAGCUGAUUGCCGUAGGUGCUGCACAGAUGAUACUAAUGAUUCCUUGAGUAAGGUUUCAUUUUCUGGUGCUAUAUUGGAGGUUUGCAUGAGAAAGCUGGUUUUCUACCCCGAAGUUGUUGCAUUCAUUGAGGAAGAGAAAGAUCAAUUCUCUUCUGUCAAGGUUCAGUAUGUGUAUGCUUCACCUCCAAAACUCGUAAUGCUUGAUGAAGAUGGAAAUCAGGUGGAAACAAUAAGAAUUGAUAAUUGGAAGCGUGAGCACAUACGACAAUUCCUGAAAGAGAAGGUGAAAGCUACUUCGAAGGAAAUCUAAAAUUUCUUCGUUGACUUCAAUUUUUAUUUUUGCAAAACACGAGGUAUGGAAAGACUUUGGCUUUGUUUGGGACGACUUUUUUAUUGCUUCUUGAAGCAGCUUUUUAGUACAAAAAAAUUUAAUUUUUAUACUAAAAGGCUGCUUCAAGAAGCAGGAAAAAAACUGUCCCAAAUGAAGCCUUUGUAUUGAACCUGAAAUAAGAUGAAUCCACGUGUGAAUGGGGCUAAAAACUUUGUCCUGGUUGACAUGUAAACAGAAUGUUUUGUAGGGCUUUCAAAAUUGAUCAAAUACAUUUAUUAUGUGCAAUAUUUUCUAUUGAAAGGUUGGAUGUGUGAAAUUUUUAGGCA